AUGGGAGGUCCUUUAUCAACCUGGCCUUGGGAGAACUUUGGAAUAUUCAAGUACGUGCUAUAUGGGCCAUUUGUAGGCAGAGUAUUGUACGAGAUGUUUUAUGAGAAAGAGUUGAAAUUCAGCUGGUGCCUUUGUUUGCUCAUCUUGUCUGCUCUCAGAGGUUUUGUUUAUUUGCUAUGGAACUCUUACAGCAGCAUGCUUUUUCUAACUCGAAACCGUCAGAUUCUUAAACAAGGGAUUGAUUUCAAACAGCUUGACAAAGAAUGGGACUGGGAUAACUUUUUAAUACUUGAAGCAAUGUUAUGUUGUGUGGCCUAUUAUAUGUUUCCGUUCCUACAAAAUCUCCCUUCAUGGAACAUAAAAGGUGUUAUAGCAGCUUUGAUAUUUCAUGUGGGAAUAUCAGAACCACUUUAUUACUGGGUGCAUAGAAAGUUUCAUGGAAACUAUCUUUUCACCAAUUACCAUUCACUUCAUCAUUCAUCACCAGUACCACAGUCAUUGACAGCUGAUGUUUGGGCCAUUGCAACGUUGAAAUUGUUCCACAUCGUAUCUUUAAAACUUUCCCAUUUAUCAGAUAUCUCAUAUACACCCCAACAUAUCACAAUCUACACCAUACUGAAAAAGACUCGAAUUUCUGCCUCUUCAUGCCUCUCUUUGACGCACUAG